AUGCCACCCUCGAAUUCGACCGACCGUCUAUCCGUAAUCUCGAAUCAUCUUGAAGCGAGGGAAUCUAAGAUGUCGCAAGUCCAGUCCCCGCAGCAGCUGCCCUGGGAUCCCAACUCACUCAGUUUUCCUUCUCACGACGAACUUCCAAAAUUGCCUGAUGCCCCCGAGGGCGCGGCUUGGGUCUGGGGGAAAGAAGAUCAGCUCGGGAGACUGAACCUAUUAACGCCAGAACGUGUAAAGCUGGCUGCCGCAGAGAUCAAGACUGGGGAUAUGAUUCGACUGGACCUGCCUCUUAAUGUGCCUAUGACACCUGCAUUCGGUCGUGAAGUAUUCCAGCACAAUAUCAAAACAAACAUUCCGAAUAUGGGAUAUGAUGACACCUAUACCAUGAACACACAAAGCAGCACCCAAUGGGAUGGCUUCAGACAUUUUUGCCAUGUCCCCACCAAGACCUUCUAUAACGGGGCGAAAAGCUCCGAUUUUGUGGGCGAAAAUGCCAACCUCCGCUGUAGCAUUCAUCACUGGGCAGACCACGGUAUUGCUGGCCGAGGCGUGCUCUUAGACUAUUAUCAUUACGCGCAUACUCACAAUAAGCCAUACUACCCCUAUAAACCACACGCGAUUUCUUUUGCUGAGCUCCAAGCCUGCGCCGUCUCUCAGGGCCUUGACAUUCGACCAGAAUCGCAAGGUGGCGAUAUUCGACCAGGAGAUGUGCUAUUUGUACGCUCCGGCUUCGUACAGGAAUACUAUAAACUUGGACCAGAUGAACGCCAUGCCGCAGCUACUCGCAAAGACCUGGAAUUCGCAGGACUCUCGCGUGAAAAACCAAUCCGGGACUGGCUACACGACUGCUAUUUUGCCGCGGGGGUUGGUGACUCGCCGACUUUCGAGGUCUGGCCACCUCCAAGGUUUGGGCCGGAUCAUAUAAGCUUGCAUCAGAGUAUGCUGUCGCUUUGGGGGUGUCCAAUCGGUGAGAUGUGGGAUCUGGACAAAUUAGCGGUAAGAUGCAGGGCGCUUCGUAAAUGGACCUUCUUUAUGACAAGUGCCCCUGCCAAUAUGCCCGGGGGCGUAGGCUCGCAUGCAAAUGCGACUGCAAUUUUGUAG